UAAACAUUAAGACUCAGAAUGGACAUUAACAUUAGUGAAAUUAAGCUUGAGGCAAAGCUUAUCAUGGCCAAAUUCUCGGCUGAUUAUAAAAGCGAUAAGUCUCCAGUUAGGCUCAUACAUGAGCAUGAGAAGGAUAUCCAGAGGCUUAAUGAAAUACUAGACCUUGUAAAAGAAACAUCUGAUAAACUAAGUAACAGCUCGAAAUCAGUUAGCUUCAACAGCUCUUUCGGCAGUAGCCAGACUAGCCCUAUUGAAGUCUCCCGGACUGAACCCCGCAAGAUCAAGAAGAAAAAAUCAAAAAGAAGAAAAGUAACCUUGAACGAUACUCACAACUUCAGUUACUUCGACGAGGAUGCUAUCCAACCAUAUUUCGACGUUUCUUUUCCUUCUCCGGGAGAUUUCAAAAAACUAUAAUUUUAGUAAGCCCCAAAAGAUUCAUAAUUAGCUUUCAGUUCAACAAAUGAAGGU